UCUCUUUUCCAUAUUUUCCUGGUGUCCUUUUCAAAGGGUUGUGUCUUAGCAGGUGUGAGAGCCUGCACUUCUUCCUGAACAGCCCUUACUCUGUGCCCAAGUCAACCCACCAGUGCUUUACAACAGAUAAUGAUGAUAGGAAUAGCUUGUGAGAUUGCCCAGGGGAUCUGAACUUGUGACUGCCUUUCCUGAAGAUGUUAUUUUCAUGGAAAAACAUGCUUGCUUCUUUAUUACAGAGAUGGUUUCUUCGGAAAAAUUGUAUGAGGAAAGGCAGGAUUUCCUAGGGCCGAUGAAGCAACUUGCUAAAGUGGAAAGGAGAAGACAGGAAGUCAUGAAAAGGGAGUUAAGAGUUUAAAUAAAUUUUUGGAGAUUGGAGAAAUAAUAUGUCAUGGUAUUACAUAAGCUUUGGUUUCUCUCUCUGGAGGAUUCCUUUCCUGUGAACACUGUCGUAUCAUUUCUUUCAGAUUCUGAGACUCCAGCAGGAUGUCUUACCAACAGCAGCAGUGCAAGCAGCCCUGCCAGCCACCUCCUGUGUGCCCCACACCAAAGUGUCCAGAGCCGUGUCACCCCGAAGUGCCUGAGCCCUGACCACCAAAGUGUCCACAGCCCUCACCUCAGCAGUGCCAGCAGAAAUAUCCUCCUGUGACACCUUCCCAACCCUGCCAGCCAAAGUGUCCACCCAAGAGCAAGUAACAGCUUCAGGAUUCAUCAGGACCAUGAAAGGAUAAGAAUAUUUGGCUCACUUCGUUCCACAGCUUCACUUGCAU